AUAGCCGCUGAAAACACUGAUAUCCAGUGCACGACGCUCGUAAUCAGCGCCGCCGCGAAGUGUAAACAAACAACACAACUCGCGUUAGCGUUUCGAAUUCGUGAUAACUGAUAAGCGUUAAAUUUAAAAAUACGCGAUCGUUGUAAUCGGUGUAAAUACGCGAUCGUCGUUAUCAAAUAAAAUAUAUGCGACCGUUGUUUAUUAACGACAAGUCGUAAGCAAGCAGAGAAACCCACUACAGGGUGUAGUGGUCCCCGCGCCAGCAGUUUCGGGGCUAGCGAACGUCGAUUCCACAAGCGCAGUCGAAGAGGAAAGUCGUCGUUAACAUCCAAGGAAUUCGAGCCAAGCCAAGCAGAACAUCAGUGCAGAUCAUUUGAGCAUCCAGUAGAAGUGUUAAAAAAAUCAGUAAAAAAAAAAAAAAAAUAAAAAACAUGGCAAGGAUCAUUUUAACUGCACUACUAACCUCAAUGGUAUGUCGUGGGCUUUCAAACUCUCAGAGCGGAAGUUUCCAAGUUACUUCAUUUCAGAACUCAUCGGGCUUAUACUUUGAAGCAAUGGGACCUCUUCGCAUUUCCUACACCAAUUGGGAUUUUAUCACUUACGUGAAUCUAACAACUUAUUACAUGAAGUACCAAAUACUCCAGAAAUUCCAUGACCAAACGGGCGAUAUUUGUAUUCAAUUGAAAAAAAGAGAGGAUUCGAUCUUAACUAGUGCGUGUACGGAUUUCAUACAAUCCACGGUUCCGUUCAUGCAAGAAAUUGAAUCAAAUCUCAAUUCUGUCAUACGAAUCCUUGGGUCAGACCACAGAACCUCUGAACAUCCGAACCGACAAUCUCGUGGGUUGAUAAAUGCAGUAGGAAGGCUAGCAAACAUUCUUUUUGGAGUUUGCUCCGAUCAGGAUGCAGAAUUCUUUUACAAAAACAUUGAACAUCUUGCUCGUUCCGAGGAUAAAUAUGUUCAUCUAUCACAGGAACAGAUACGCAUAGUCUCUUCAGUCAUAAAUAACGUAAAUUCCACCAUGCAUGAACUGCUAACAGAUGAUCAGAAAUUGCAGCAGAAUAUAAACAGAAUAGAAGAACAAUCAAGGCAUUCUGAGGCAACAAUCAAUGUAUUGGAAAUACAAAACACCUUCCUGGAACACACUGCAAUAUUGACAGUUUUCCUAAACCAAUUUGCUUGGGAAACUCAAAACCUCCAAUCCAUUGUCAACUCAGCGUUAAAUGGAUUGAUGCAUACAAAUGUCUACCCCCCAUCUCAAUUGAUUCACGAACUUAAACAAAUACAACUGACAUUACCUUCUACACUAGAGCUACCUAUAACUGAAUCUCAUUUAUCUAUCCCGGAAUUAUUCCGUACAUCCAAGUUAAGCGUAGUGUACAUCCAACAGAAUCUCGUAUUUGUAACCCGUAUACCCUUAUUGUCAAACCUUCGGUUUAACCUGUUUCAUAAUAUUCCACUUCCGAUACCUACAAAUAAAGGUAAUAUAUUAAUCAUUGAACCACAAGCUCAGUACUUGGCAAUAAGCGAUACUAACGAAUAUCAUUUCAGUCUAACCGACGAUCAGUAUGAAAAAUGUGAAACAUUGUUCUCUUUUAAGUUAUGUGUAAAUCCUGAGGCUAUUAGUAAAUCUAAACACCAGGAUAAUUGUGAGGUAUCUUUGUACAAUUCCCCGUAUCAAACGAUAGGAGCUUGUAAUUUCAAAUAUCUGAACCUAAAUACUACAAUCUGGCAUAAGCUUUAUCUACAAAACGCGUGGUUAUAUUAUUGCAUUUCGCAAGCAGUUACAGUAACAUGCGCACAAAACUCUAGCAGAAUCCUACUCAACGGUACAGGAAAAAUUCAAAUUUCCGAUAAUUGUGUUAUAUAUACAGAAAAUCUGAUUUUAACACCAUCAAGAACCCUAUCAUCAGAAAUUCAUAGAGAUUUCGUUCCAGAAAAUCCGAAUCUGCACGCAAUAUUAAAAAUGCCAGAAAUAAUUAACAGCCGUGUUCCCGAGCAAAUAGAUACAAAUAAAUAUUUUAAAAAUUUUAAUCAGUUAGCUGAAGAUGCUAAAAAACUGAAAGAAUUAUCUAAAAUGUACAACGAUACCAACAUAUUUGUAAAUCCAGAUCAUCAUUUUAUUAUAGUUUAUUGUAUUGUCAUUUUAAUAAUAGUUAUAAUUCUGUACAUGUUGAUCAAAUAUAAGUGUAAUCUACCUCGACUCUACAGACCGGAAAUAGCAGAACCCCAGAAUGUAGCAGAGUAUGUGCAAUCCACACACUCCCUUACAAAAUUCUAAAACUUCAGAGCAUCAGAACUCACGGAUGAAGUGAAACAUGGUGAUCAUUAGACCCCCAUGUCUCAUGUAGUCCGGGGGGUGUUGUGAACCCCUGUCUGUAUGCUAUACACAGAAUAGGAUAUAGUUAUAAUAUAAUAUAAUAUAAUAUAGUAUAGUGUGUAAGCAUAUUAACAUGUGAACCGAUAGAGUGACACGGUUUUAGGGAAUUCGCUGUGUGGACAGUUUUGAGCCCGAGCGAGCCCCUACCGUGUCUCGCCGUCUGUAUAAUAUUUAGUGUAGUCCUGGCAGACCAUCGAGCAGAGCCUCUGUUAUUUUCUUAAGUCUAACAAUUAUUCUGUGUACUAAUUUCUUUUAAAAUUGAUUAUAUUAAUAAAGUAUUAGUGAUAACUUAAA